CCAGUUCCAGUCGUCCCCUCCUUUUCCUUCUCCUUCUCCUUCUUCGUCUUCAAGUCGCGAUUUUUCGCUUCGAUCUUAUCUUCAAUCAAUCGGCGUCUCGAGGUUCGUUUCUCUGUGCAGAAACCGCGUUCGCGGACACGAAUUGAUCGGUUCACGCAUCGACGCAGGGUGCAGUGUCCUGUGAAGGAAGCGUUCGGUUCGGUCUCUUUGCACAAGCUCGAGCCUUUCUUUUUCGCUUGUAUGAGCAUCGAGUCGGCACUGAUCGGGAGUAAUUCUGUUAUGCAAUUCAGAGUUCCGUGGAAUGUUGUCAUUGGCCUUGAGGACAUUUACAUGAUUUUGUGAUUGAGAUAGUUAUGGUUGAGCCAGAUUCAGAUGUCUUUCAGUGGAGUUUCGACAUAUUUGAUCCUGUACUACCUGUUCAUUCGGGAUACUACACCAAUACAAGUCUGCACGAUGCUAACAACACCUAUUAUGGACAGUAUCCUAUGAGCCACUAUGGUGGAGAGUGUAGCACUGUGGAAAAUGAUGAGAUCAUUGCACAUACCUUACAAGAAGAGUUUUCACAAUUAGCAAUGCGAGAAGCGCCUGUAUAUUCACAUGCAAAGGAAGAGGACUCGAAAGUAUCUACCAACCAACAGAAUUGGCAGACAACAUCACCGAGAAUGUAUUGGUCAGGGAAUAUUUAUAACCAUGGAGAAGCAGAUAAUGUGUGGGUUCCUGGUUCAUCUAUUAACCAUGGUGAUGGAGAAGAGUAUUCUUAUUCUCAGCAGCAAAUUGAUGGUUAUGACUUCAGUGAAAUGGACAAUCCAUUGAAUCAAAUGGUUCCUAUUCGGCACAUUCCAAGAAUCAACGGGGAGAUACCUUCCGUGGAUGAAGCGACUUCAGAUUAUGAGAGGUUGCGUGAAAGAUUGCAAUUGUAUGAUUUGGUUGAGCGUAAGGUAGAAGGCGAUGGAAAUUGUCAGUUCCGUGCAUUAUCAGAUCAAUUACAUAAAACAUCUGAGCACCAUGAAUACGUAAGGCAACAAAUUGUAGAACAGCUCAGGACACUACGAGAGCUUUAUGAGGGAUAUGUUCCUAUGGACUAUGAUGAAUACUUGUGCAAGAUGUCCAACAACGGGCAGUGGGGUGAUCAUGUCACUUUGCAGGCUGCUGCAGAUUUGUCAUAUCCCUAAGCUUCUGGGCAGAGGUGCAUUACAACUCAAUUUACCCUCAAGGUAGACUGCCACUAUAGAUGAGGCUCAAUAUAGUUUUCAGGGGAAGUUAACGGUCUUAGAUAGUUAAACUCAAAAAUUAUCUUCAUAUAGCUUAAGAUCUCAAAGAACUUUACCAAAUUUCCGGAUUAUGCCUGCUCUCUGCGUGUGUUCUGCCAUUUCACCAUUUAGGUGAUAUAAUUCCUUUUCCAAUUAAGAUUCAGAUAUUCCCGCCUCACAUUGUGGGAAGAAGAAGAGAUGGUGGUCUUUUUGGGGAUAAGGAUCAGCCAGAGUUGGCCAGCAUGAGGCACAUUCCCUAUUUAUACAGCUGAAAUUGCUUCUCAAGAGUUCCGUUAAUUGAUGUAAACCUUACUAACCUUAUGCCUUUUUAUAUGGUUAACCCAUAACUCCAGUAUGGUAUGUUCUGCUUAUUCAUUUACCGAUUGGCAUGCUUUUUUCUAAUUUUGCAUGCUGGUGGCAUUGAUAUCCCCGUGGAAAGAAUUCAACCAAAUAUGUAUAUUGUUCCAACAUUUCGGAAGAAUAAGAUGU